AUGAGGUCGCCAAUCGCGGAAUCUGGUAGACAUGGCGCCACUACCAUCAUAAAGCCUUAUCCAGAGAGCCGGGCAACACUGGAUGGACUUCUUGUUCCCGUGCGUCGUUUGCAACUUUAUAUGGGAGAUUUGGACUACAAUGAAUUUCAACCUAACAAUGAAACUAACAACACCAAUGGAGUACUUCAGAGAACCAAUGUGGCUAGGCAAGACCAGGCUGACUCAAAUGAAGAGGCUCAUAGAAGACACUAUUUAUCAACAUAUACAGAUGAUGAGAAGAGAUGGUUAGUAAAAGUAGAGGAAGAAGAACGGAGAAGAGGUAGAGGAUUCACGGAAAGACUGAAAAGGAGAUGA